AUGGAAACUCUGACAUUUACUUCGCAUGAGACGGAAGGAAUCAUACAAAUUUUCAUGAUUGCCUUAGUUAUGGUGGGUUCCAUAGUAGGAAACGGUAUGAUUUGUCUGUUACUUGUCCGGUUCAAGACCUUGCGAACAGUCCCUAAUAUCCUGAUCGCGCACAUGGCUGUAGUUGACAUCCUCAACGCUUUGACCAACAUGCCCCUGUUUAUAAUGUGGUACAUCAGUGAUGUUUCCUACCUUAAAGGUAGGCCUACCUCUUUUUUUAUCAUUACAUGGUUUGUGCUGUUUGUUUAUCUAAGCAUAUUCAAUCUUAUCGCACUGACAAUGGAUCGAUUUGGAGCCAUCGUUCACGGCAUUCGCUAUCACACCUGGAAAACAGUCAACAAGGCAAAAAUAGCUGUACUUUUUACAUGGCUUCUAGCGGUUGCGUAUACAUAUGGCAUGUUUAUACCAAUAGGGCUCAAAAUUGAUCUUGGUGGCGCUGCAGUUUGGGAGUACAGAAAGCAGUACUUGAAGAGCUUUGGAAGGGCCUUCAUCAUUCUCGGCCAUUUUGUGCCCUUUGCGAUCAUGCUAAUUUUAGGAGCCUUAAUCUGGCGUGCGGUACGCCGACAUAAAAGACGUUUGUAUCCGUUUUUUCCUAUGGCUAGGCAGGUGAAAAGUGACGUGAAGACCGCCAAGACAAUCGGUUUGACUGUUGCGGCGUUCAUUUGCAUGGUUGUUGCACCCAUGUUCUUGCACUUCUUUUCCAAAAUCCACGGCACAUGGCCUCACUUCCUUGCAUUUUUUCUCAGUCUCCUCAAUAACAUGGUGAACCCAGUUAUAUAUGGACUGUAUACUCAGAGGUGAGCGCUUCUGUUUUGCUUUUUUGAAUGCUUUUUUUCGGUAGGACUCGUUCGGAGAUAAAUCAAGCACAGCUGAGAGCAUAAAAAUGCAGUGUUCCAUGAUAUAAGCUGCCCGAUUUGUAAAUUUAUCAUUGAAAUAAAAAUAACUUAUCCAUAAUUGGCUAAUAACAAAGCAUUUCAUUUGUUUUCUCUUAAAUGUAAAUUUUGACCAGGAGAGGUUGCCGAUAUCCCUUUUCAUUUCUCAUGUGAUUGUUCACAUUUUUUUGUGCGAAGUAAUUCUAAAAAACUGGAACUGACGUACAAGAGGACAAAAAGUAAUCUUUCGCGGUUGGGUUCUCAAUAUCAAAGUAACAACAUUUUAUAAUUUCUUUCAAUAUUUUCACUUGUGGUUGUUAGGGUACAAAUGUAUAUCAAAGCAUUAACUGAUGCAGUGAUAAUAUUCUUAAUGACAUUUACAUUUUAAAGUUGUAGGAAAGGAAAAAUUUGGUUCUACAGUUAAGUUUACACUUCGUGAAAAUUAGAAUUUUGCGUUACCUAGUUUAUCGACAAUUUACGAAUAAAAGAAGGAAAUUCUACCCUUUUCUUUCAUGAACUAAAGAUCACGUGUGUCAGUUAACCCUUUAACUCCCAUAAGUGAUUAACAUGUAACUUGUCCUAAAAUAUGCAUACAUUAUCCUGCAAAUAUGUAAAGAGAAUAGUCAAACUUAUCACGUUAGAAGAUGUUAUCUUCAUUUAAUACCAAAUUUUCGUAACUACUUUGUAGUCACUAGAGGGGAGAAUUAAAAUCUUUCAUUCCAACUUGAUUCAUUACAUUCUUGAGGAUGCAAAAUUCAGUUCCGUUUUCUACAUAACUGAGGUACACCUGAUUACGUAUGGACACAUGUUACAUAUUGUGAUGAAGUUUUCUGAAAAGGCCGGAUUUUUGUUUUGCUUGUGUUCCAUCGCAGACUAGUUGUAGACAACCAAUCAGCUUACCUAUUCUGAUUUUGCUUUGCAUUGCAACAGGUUUCGCAGAGCGUUUUUGUUGUUCUUAAGAGAACCUUUUGGCAAGUCAGAACCUGGUCAGAUAUCAACUUCAAGAAAAAAUGUGCAAUACAAGAACGGGGGACUCAACACCUUUCAAAUCACCGUUUCUUAA